UGUCCGCAGGCGGGGGCGGGCGCGGCGGAGCCGGGGAGGAGGCGGUGCCUUAUAGCGCGGGCGCGGCGGGCAGCGCCGGCAGAGCCGAGCCGAGCCGAGCCGGCCGAUACCCUGGACAGCGCUCCGCCGCCACCGCCCCGCCGCCAUGGAGAGCCUGAAAGCUUUUGACCGGGAAGUAAAUGAGUUUGUGGACUAUAUGUUUGGGCCUCGAGAUCCCAGGGUUAGAGGAUGGUUUCUUUUGGACUCUUACCUUCCCACUUUUUUCCUUACUGGAGCAUACCUACUGUGCAUAUGGCUGGGCACCAAGUUCAUGAAGGAUAGGCCUCCUUUCUCCCUCAGGACUCACCUCAUUGUAUAUAACCUUGGGAUUACACUGCUCUCCUUGUACAUGCUCAUAGAGCUCAUCCUUGCCACAUGGGAAGGAGGCUACAACUUGCAGUGCCAGAACCUUCACAGUGCAGGGGAGGCCGACAUCCGGGUAGCCAAGGUGCUGUGGUGGUAUUACUUUUCCAAAGUAAUUGAAUUCAUGGACACUAUCUUCUUUGUACUGAGAAAGAAAAGCAGCCAGAUCACCUUCCUUCAUGUGUAUCACCAUGCCACUAUGUUUAACAUUUGGUGGUGUGUUCUGAACUGGAUACCUUGUGGGCAAAGUUUCUUUGGACCCACUUUGAAUAGCUUUAUCCAUGUGCUUAUGUAUUCUUAUUAUGGACUGUCAGUCAUCCCCUCUAUGCGCAAGUAUCUCUGGUGGAAGAAAUACCUCACUCAGGCACAACUGAUCCAAUUUCUGCUCACUAUUGUGCACACACUCAGUGCUGCUGUGAAGCCAUGUGGAUUCCCAUUUGGCUGUCUCAUGUUCCAGUCCUCCUAUAUGGCCACACUGGUCAUUCUCUUUGUGAACUUCUACAUCAAGACAUACCAGAAAGCACCUUCAAGAACAGCUACAAAGGAAACCCGUGUCACAACAGAAAUCAAGAACGGUUUCCAUAAGGACUACUUUGCUGCUGCCAAUGGACUUCUGGACAAUAAGAAAGUACAAUAAGUAUGGUACUUCUUGUGCUUUUUUUUUUCUAAACAAAAAAAAAAAGGGAAAGGAACAAAAAAAAGAAAAAGAAGACUGAAUUACAAGCUUUAGCUUAAAACCUGAUUGAUUACAUUUAUCAGUUCUUUCUACCAGACACUUAUUAAUGUACCACUAUGUAGGUUUUAACAAACUUGCUCUGUCAAAGAUCACCAUUGGAAUAGAAGCGGCCAAGAUCUUUAUCCUGUGAAAAAGAAAACCUUUGUGAUCUCUAAUGCUGACACAAAAAAGCCUUACCAAACACUUGAUGGGUAAACCCAUCAAUGCCUUCAAAAGGUUAGGACUCUGUUCAGACUAAUGCAGUGAGCACUUUCUAUGCAAGAGACAGGUCUUGAGGCAAGACCUCAACAAUCCACCCAAGACACUCAGCUAAACUGUGACUGUAGUCAGGAAAAGGAGGAAGGGGAGAGGAGGAACACUGGGAAUCCUACCUUUUCCAUCAUCAUUCCCUUCUUUGCUUCUUCUCAGAUGUUCCCCAAAGCUUCCAUUGACACCAGCAAGAUGUAGCCAUCCCUUUGGUUGUGUGGGAGCCCUGAGGAAGACAUUGCACUGUACUUGCUUCACAUAUGUGCAACCUGACUCAGAUGCCAUAAAGGCUGUCAGGAGCAUUCUGCUUCAAGGGGGGAUGGAAUGGUAGCACGUGGGAUUGACCAGUAUAGCAUUUAGAAUACAUGAUAUCACAUCAUGAUAGGAGGUUUUGAGCAAAACAAGUCAUUUCAGAUGUGCUAGAUCAACCGGAGUUCUCAGUAAAUGGAUUUUGAAAGAAAUAAGAGCUCAACAACUUACCUUUGACAAAUCCUUUGAGUGUUUAACAUGCACAAAGUUAAUCCUAUGUAAAUACUGUAAUUUGCCACAAACUGACAUGCCACAUAUUAGUAGACUGGAAGAUGCAGAAAAUCUUCAAAGUGAAUUCAGCAACAAGCAAAGCACAUAAUAAAGGAAUUUCUGUGCUAGGUGGGCCUUAUUCAGACUGGUUUCUGACUAGAGAAACAGGUAUGACUGAGGCACAAUCCUCUGUAGGGAAAGCAAGGAGAUAUUUACUGCCUGCAGCUGUAACAGCUUAUGUCUCAUAUAGCCAGUCACAAUCCUUUCUGCUUCAGUUAGCUGCAUUUACCUCCCACUUCAAUGAUGAGAAAUGAAAAAUACCCAAGGUUAGUUUGGGAAUCUGCUUUCACAGUUUUCUUUGCAAUGUGGACAAAACCCUUCUGCUCCGGCAGAAAACUGAAAUCCCAAAAUGCUGCAGCACUGGCAGUACAUUUGGGCAGCCUGGCUGCUAACCUGCAUCAUUAUGAACUAAGUAAUCAAAAUAACUGCAAUGUUCAAACGCUUUUACACCACCACCACAGACAGGUACAUAUUCACAUUGCUCCCUUUUCAUGAAACUGGCCACAGUGAAAGUCAGCGUUUUGCUUUAACAUUCAAUAAGGAGAGAAGGCAGCAACCAAAAAACAACCACAACCCAAAUGCUUCCCACUGGCCCUUCCAGAACCUUUGCUUUGCAGAUCUUUCUGGUUGAUACUCACAGGUUGUAAGAAAUUAGUGGGUUUGACUGAAGGUGUUGUACAUAGCUCUAAGUAAAGGGAGAGCUUCAGAGCUCUGCAGACAUCAGCUUGAUACUAGAAGCAGGAGUAGAGACAGAGUGAAGUGGAAGACCUGACAAGUUAUUACAUGAAGCAAAUAGCUGAACCAGUCAUCUGAAACAGGUAACAAAAUAGGUUAUGUGGCCCAGCAUGGAUUUUAGGCUGAAUAGAGUCCACAACCUUUUCAUGGCAAACCAUGCAUUUGACUAUCAAGGUGGACAGCGUCAGCGUGCUAAGUGUUCAAGUUUACUGUAGCAACCAAACCCACAGAUACUGUCUUUUGUUUUGUUGAAACCUCUUUUAAAAUAAUAAAUAAAUAAAUAAAUGCCUUACUCAAAACUCAAAGGGCUUGGGGAAAAAAAAAAAAGAAAAAUUAAAAGAAAAAAAAAAAAAGGAAAACCAAGAUGGUCUCACCUUGCAGAUCCAGACCACCCAGGAAGUCUGGAAUCAGGUAUGUUUAAAACUCUUCAGAUUUGUCUUAACAUCUUCCAAAUGCUGCGACUUUGAAGAAAAAGCAGCACUGACUUUUUAAACUGAUUUUCCUGUAACGCAUAACACUGUAAAUAAACAAAUUUUACUAUCA